UUCCGCCGGCGUGCGGGCCGGAAUCCGCAGUGGUCUGCGGGUGAUGGAGCGGCGGGCGGGCUGUCGGCUUGGGCCAUGGAUGCUGUUACUGCUGCUGUUCCCGGUGCAGGGCCGCCAGAAGGAGUCAGGCUCAAAAUGGAAAGUAUUUAUUGACCAAAUUAACAGGGCUUUGGAGAAUUAUGAACCCUGUUCAAGUCAAAACUGCAGCUGCUAUCACGGCGUCAUAGAAGAGGACCUCACUCCUUUCCGAGGUGGGAUCUCCAGGAAGAUGAUGGCCGAGGUAGUCAGACGGAAGCUAGGAACCCAUUACCAGAUCAUUAAGAAGAGAUUAUACCGGGAAGAUGACUGCAUGUUUCCCUCCAGGUGUAGUGGUGUCGAACACUUUAUUUUGGAAGUGAUUCGGCGCCUCCCAGACAUGGAAAUGGUAAUCAAUGUACGGGACUAUCCUCAGGUUCCUAAGUGGAUGGAGCCUACCAUCCCUGUCUUCUCCUUCAGUAAGACAUCGGAGUACCAUGAUAUCAUGUAUCCUGCAUGGACAUUUUGGGAAGGGGGACCUGCUGUGUGGCCACUUUAUCCUACAGGUCUUGGACGGUGGGACCUCUUCAGAGAAGAUCUGGUAAGGUCAGCAGCACAGUGGCCAUGGGAAAAGAAAAAUUCUACAGCAUAUUUUCGAGGAUCAAGGACAAGCCCCGAAAGAGAUCCUCUCAUUCUUCUGUCUCGGAAAGAUCCCAAACUGGUUGAUGCAGAAUACACCAAAAACCAGGCCUGGAAAUCUAUGAAAGAUACCUUGGGGAAGCCAGCUGCUAAGGAUGUUCAUCUGAUAGAUCACUGCAAGUACAAGUAUCUGUUUAAUUUUCGAGGUGUAGCUGCAAGUUUCCGGUUCAAACAUCUCUUCUUGUGCGGUUCGCUGGUCUUCCAUGUUGGUGAUGAGUGGGUAGAAUUCUUCUACCCACAGCUAAAGCCAUGGGUUCACUACAUCCCAGUCAAAACAGACCUCUCCAAUGUCCAGGAGCUGUUGCAGUUUGUAAAAGCAAAUGAUGAUAUUGCUCAGGAAAUUGCUAACAGGGGAAGCCAGUUCAUCAAAAACCAUUUGCAGAUGGAUGACAUCACCUGUUACUGGGAGAACCUCUUGACUGAAUACUCCAAAUUCCUGUCCUAUAAUGUAACAAAAAGGAAAGAUUAUUUUCAGAUCAUUCCCAAACUUUUGAAAACUGAACUGUAGUAGUCCUCAGAGGACCGGAAUCCUGACAGUGGAUCUGGGAUGCUCUGUGGUGAAAUACCAUGAGCGUGACACCUGUAUUUUGAACACCUUUGGUCAAACUAAACAUCCAGUUUUCCUUAUCAUGUUAUAUCUGGAGGGACUCUUGAGAAAGAUCUAAAAUGUGUUUAAUGAACAGAAAUGAAACAGCUCAGCUCUUUGAAAUCAUGAAAUAAGGAUUUGGAACGACAUUCUAACUUUCAUUUUCUUAGGAUCAAUCACAGCUUGUGCCUCAGGUCAUCUACAUGUAUCAUCACUGUGAAAUUGACUGGGUCCAGGCCCUUUGUCCUGUUAUUUGGAGCAGACCAUCCAUCCUUUGGUACAGUUCAUAUCUGCAACUCUGAAGUCAUUCUAGGCUUGAUGCCUGUUGCUCUAUUUUAACGUAGAAAUCCUCUGGGGUUUGAAAAGCCCCACAAUGAUCAUUUCCUGAAGCGUCUAAGGACGUAGUGGCUGUGCCAUGCGGCGCUGUUGGAGUUCUCUUUUGUAGAGCCUAACUUCUUCGGCACUCAGGAGGUUUCUCUACUGCUUCAAUUGCAUGAGUAACUUUUGCAGGUGGAUUUCAAGUGCCCAUUUUGUGCCUUCGUGUCCUUUUUAUUCUCUCUCUAAAAGAGAGAGAUAAAGAGAGAAAUUUCUUAAUACAUUUAGGAAGCAGCCUUGGUUAAAACAAAACAAAACAAAACAAUGUCCCUGUAAUACUAGCACUUCUGAAGUAGAGGCAGGAAGAGUUCAUGGCCACCCUCAGCUACAUGAGAGUUCAAGGACAGCCUGGCUACAUGAGAUCCUGCCUUAUAAACUCUAACUCACAUUUUGCACACCUUUGAUUUUGCGUUCUUAAAUUAGUAGCAGCAGGACCAUCUCAAUUUGCAGAGACCAUAAUCUUCAUAUGUGAACACAUCUUAAAGUGAUAAUUUAUAGAGCAUUCAGUUUUCAUUUUUUUACUCCCAUAGGGGAUAUUUUAGUGUAAAUCAUUAUUGGAGUACUUCC